GGUUCAGGUGUUUUUUCGAGUGACUGUACAACUGAAGAGAGAGUGAAGGGCAAAAGGCAUGGUUCCGGUCUUCUCCCCAGAUGGCGUCUUUGAGUGCUGCAAUCACGCAUAAAGACAGCCAUUCAUUGUAUGGAAUCUGCUAUCUAUUUAGCCUCAAGGAAAGCCUUAUUAAUGAAUAUAGUAAGCUAUACGCUGAAAAAAAGAUCUCGUCUCAUUAUACAACACUCAUUCAGUCAAUCAUUCAAACUAACCAAUCGAAGCAUUGAUGUAGAUGAGUUAGGAAAUCCGUUAUCUGAAUAUGUAAAAAUGUGUACUAAAUUUGUAUAUCAUUUAUCAUCUUAAAUGGAUAUUCUACUGAGAUACUAGCACAAUGUUUGGUGAAAAGACAUAGGCAAUGUAUGAUGGAAAAUAUUUCAUAGCAAUAAAUGGUAAAAAGUGUUUUUAAAUAAUGUAAAGCUUAAUUUCUAUAAACUGUUUACCUGUUACAGAUAUUGUUCGUAUGGCACAAUUAUCGUCAUUCAUUAGAGAAUCUUCAUUAUUAAUCUAUAAAGAGGAACAUUAUCAUUGCAAAUAUUAUUUAGAGUUUCCUUGUACUCAUGACAAUGCAUUUAAAACUUUGGUGCAAAAUUUAUUUCGACAGUUUGUGUUAAAGUCUAAAUUUGCAAACAUUCUCUGUAAAACUCUUCAUCAUGUUUAUGUGAAAAGUGUUUUACUUAUAAAAUAUGUGUUUUUAUAGAAAAGUAAUGUAACAGUCAAACUUAUACUGGUUAAUAACUUCACUCUUGUAAUAUACGUAAUAAGAGUUUUUCACAAAGAAGUAAUGUGACUGAAUACAGUCAUGUUCAUACUGGUGUGAAGCCUCUUUCUUGUAGUAUAUGCAAUAACAGUUUUUCUCGUAGAAGUGACAGGACUAAACACUAUCGUGUUCAAAUGGGUGAAAAGCCUUUUUCCUGUAAUAUAUGCAAUAAGAGUUUUUCAAGCAGAAGUAAUCUGACUAGCCACAGUAAUGUUCAUACUGGUGAGAAACCUUUUUCUUGUAAUAUAUGUAAUAAGAGUUUCUCACGAAGAAGUAAACUGACUAUACACAAACAUGUUCACACUGGUGAGAAGCCUUAUUCUUGUAGUUUAUGUAACAAGAGUUUUGCACUAAGAAGUGAACUGACAAUACACAAUCGUGUUCACACUGGUGAGAAUUCUUGUAGUUUAUGUAACAAGAGUUUUGCACAAAGAAGUGAACUGACAAUACACAAUCGUGUUCACACUGGUGAGAAACCUUUUUCUUGUAGUAUAUGUAAUAAGAGUUUUUUACAAAGAAGUGAUCUGAAUAGACACAAUCGUGUUCACACUGGUGAGAAACCUUUUUCUUGUAGUUUAUGUAACAAGAGUUUUGCACAAAGAAGUGAACUGACAAUACACAGUGUUCACACUGGUGAGAAGCCUUAUUCUUGUAGUUUAUGUAACAAGAGUUUUGCGCAAAAAAGUAGUCUGACUGCACACAAUAUCGGUCACACUGGUGAGAAACCUUUUUCCUGUAGUAUAUGUAAUAAGAGUUUUACAAACAGAAGUAGUCUGAUUAGACACAAUAGCAUUCACUCUGGUGAGAAACCUUUUUCCUGUAGUAUAUGUAAUAAGAGUUUUUCACUAAGAUGUCACCUGACUGCACACAAUAUCGUUCACACUGGUGAGAAACCUUUUUCCUGUAGUAUAUGUAAUAAGAGUUUUUCAAAAAGAAGUAGUCUGACUGAACACAAUAGCAUUCACUCUGGUGAGAAACCUUUUUUCUGUAGUAUAUGUAAUAAGAGUUUUUCAAGUAGAAGUUAUAUGAUUGUACACAAUCGUAUUCACACUGGUGAGAAACCUUUUUCUUGUAGUAUAUGUACUAAGAGUUUUUUAAACAGGAGUGAUCUGACUGUACACAAUCGUAUUCACACUGGUGAGAAACCUUUUUCUUGUAGUAUAUGUAACAAGAGUUUUUCAAUAAGCAGUAGUCUGAUUAGACACAAUAUCGUUCACACUGGUGAGAAACCUUUUUCCUGUAGUAUAUGUAAUAAGAGUUUUUCAAACAAGAGAGGUCUGACCAAACACAGUCGUGUUCAUACUGGUGAGAAACCAUUUUCUUGUAGUAUAUGUACUAAAAGUUUUUCACACAGAAGUAAUCUGACUGUACACAAUCGUAUUCACACUGGUGAGAAACCUUUUUCCUGUUGUAUAUGUAACAAAAGUUUUUCGAACAGAAAUGAUCUAACCAAGCACAGUCAUAUUCAUACUGGGGAGAAAUGAUUUUCCUAUAUAUGUAACUCGAGUUUUAUACAAAGACGUCAAUUGACUGAACACAGUCGUGUUCACACUGGUGACGCACCUUUUUCUUGUAUAUGUAAUAAGAGUUUUUCAAGCAGGAGUGAUCCGAACAAACACAGUCGUGUUCAUACGGGGGAGAAAUGAUUUUCUUAUAGUAUAUGUAACGAGUGUUUUAUACAAAGACGUUAGUUGACUGAACACAUUUGUGUUCACACUGGUGACAAACCUUUUUCUUGUAUAUGUAGCAAGAGAUUUUCACAUAGAAGUCUUCUGAGGGAGCAUUUUCGUGUUCAUACUUGAGAGAAACCUGAAUCUCUUGUUGUUUACUCUUAGAGUUUAUCUCUAUAAAAGAAUUGUAUGCUCACUGUUCUGUUCAUACUAUUGACUAACUUUAUUUUUGUAAAUUUAUUCGCAUAAUGUUUAAAUGCUAGUAUAACCUGUUUAUAAGAAUAGUAUAAUGUUCAUUAGGAUAGUAUAACCUGAUAAAUAAACCUGUUCAUGAGUAUUUUAAUUUUAGUUAGAAAUCUCAAUCUUCAAGGUUAUAUAACAAGUUAACUACUUUUUGUAUGAAAGCAAACCAUAGUUUUCUUGUUAUGCCUAAUGCCUGCAUGUUUCACUAUUAAAAUAUAUUGUUUCUGAUUCAAAUUAAGGAUCAUCAUAACUUUUGGUAAUAAGUAGGAUACAACACCCCUCCUAUUUACAAGUAAGGAUUGCCAAUUAGAAAUUUAGCCACUCAAGAAGCAAGAAUGCCACCACCUUUGUCAUUUUUUAUAUUUCAUAUUAGAUUUAUAAAUGUUAACGUUCGAGAUUGGUUUUCUGAUCAAGUUCUUUUAUUGUUCUGCAAGGGUUAAAAAAAAAUUCGCCUCCCCCCUGUUAAUAUUGGUAAUAAAGCAGGGUGCGUAGCGUUUGUAAAAAGUAUUUAAA